AUGGGCAAUACCAAUAGCAGUCCUUUCAAUCUCGGGGACCUGGGACAAUUGUCCCAGUUGCAGACCAAUGGGGAGUCCUCGUAUGGCACGUUUGAUGCACCUGACCUGCCAACUUUCCUGACUGACAACCCUACCCCUAAUGGCUACCCUUGGAGUACCAUGAAUUCCCAAACCAAUUACUAUCAGGACCAACCAAACACUGGGGUCAUUAGGAGGUACGACUUCACUGUCAGUCGGGGAACCAUCGCCCCCGACGGCUAUGAGCUGUCCACAAUCCUCGUGAACGGGCAAUUUCCUGCGCCCCUGAUUGAAGCAAACUGGGGUGACACCAUCCAAGUCACUGUUCAUAACGACUUGGACGAUGAGGGUGUCUCCUUGCAUUGGCAUGGUAUCCUUCAGAAGGGAAUGCCGUGGGAAGAUGGCGUUCCGGGUGUAACCCAAUGCCCGAUCCCACCUAAAAAGAGUUUCACGUAUCAGUUUCUGGCCGACCUGUAUGGAACAAGUUGGUACCACUCUCAUUAUUCCGCUCAAGUUGCUGCUGGUUUAUUUGGCCCAAUGGUCAUAUAUGGACCACGAGAAAAGAAAGACUACGACAUCGAUAUUGGGCCUAUUAUGUUGAGUGAUUGGUAUCACAAAGAGUAUUUCGACCUCGUUGAGGAGAUAAUGAAACCCGGCGGUAAUGGAGUUGUUUUCUCUGACAGCAAUCUCAUCAACGGAAAGAUGAACUUCAACUGCUCCAGUGUGGCACCGGGAGACAAGACGCCCUGCAAAAGCAAUGCUGGUAUCUCCAAAUUUCGCUUCAAGCGCGGUAAAGUCCACCGCUUACGUCUCAUCAACCCAAGUGCCGAAGCCAUACAACGAUUUUCCAUUGAUGGUCACACAAUGAAAGUCAUAGCGAAUGACUUUGUUCCAGUUCAGCCGUAUGAUACCAAAGUUGUAACUCUUGGGGUUGGCCAACGGACAGAUGUACUGGUCAGAGCCAACGGCAAAUUGGACUCAUACUGGAUGCGCAGCAACAUUUCUGCCAUCUGUAGUCUGGGUCGUGCCCCAGCUGCCCUUGCGGCAAUAUACUACGACAAUGCAAAUCAGAAAAAAGCACCCAAAUCACAGGCUUGGGACAUCCCUGAUCCAGGGACUUGUGCCAACGAUGAUUUGAGUAUCACAAAGCCCGUGAUGAAGCUGCCUUUGCCUCCAGCUGACAAGACUAUUGAGCUUGAUAUUGGUUCAUUCAAAAACGCAAGCAACGUCACGCUCUGGACGUUGGGGGGAGUGGCUGCAAGGACAAACUACAACAGUCCGACCCUGCUCCUCAGCAAACUUGGCAAUCACACAUUCGAGCCUGAAUGGAACGUGAUAAAUACUGGAAAGGCAAAGAGCGUGAGAGUGGUUGUCAAUAACAAGACUCCUGUGGCGCAUCCAAUGCACUUGCACGGCUUCAACAUACACAACCCACAGCGUCGCGACGUUGUUCAAAUUCGGGGCAAUGGUCACAUCGUGAUACAGUUCGAUGCCGGAGAAAAUCCGGGUGUAUGGCCGCUCCAUUGCCACAUCGCGUGGCACGUCUCGGCAGGCUUUCUCACGCAGUUUCUCACAAAUCCAGAUCAAGUCAAGAAACUACGUAUACCGAACGUGGUGGCUGAGACGUGCCGGCAGUGGGGACACUGGACACUCUCAAAUAUCCCGGCACAAAUCGACAGUGGACUGUAA